CACAAUAGACUGACUUUGUUCCAUACAGAAACGCUUUGUGUGAGAGAGAGUGUGCGUUCGUGCCAGCCAGAGUGAAGAUACAAGGCUCUCAGGCCCCAUUUGCCAGGCGUGUGACCCAGGCUCGGGACAGCCGUCCUGACGGGCCACAUGAGCCUCUGUUAUCUCGCCUGCCACCUGCUUUAAGCUGAUGGAGUGACACAUAACACAAAAGCCAGAUGCUGCUGGGAAAGGUGAAGCUCACUGUGAAGAUGAGAAGAAAGUAGGAGUCUGCUGUCACUGCAACAAGGAGAAAAGGGGACCCAGAAGCAGAGAAAACACUUUAACUACAUUCAAAGGGUUCUUGACCUGAUAUUUGAAGGACUGAGGCUUUAAUUGGUAUACUGCACAAACAAGAAUAAUUUCGGGUGAGAAAAGUCAUUGGAAUUAUCGAUGCAUUGGGGAAGCUACAGAGAUGGGGAGGAGGGAGCCCUGAUUUGACUUUCCAUGAGAGAGAACAGAAGAGUUGGUAAAGAAAAGAGUGGCUUGGUUCCAUGCACUGUAAAGAUGGGAACACUGCUCGAACCAGCACUGCUGCUGCUGCUGCUUUUAUGGCAGAGUGUUUGGGCUUUCGACAUCCCUCUGGAAAUCAGGCAGCCCCCAACCAUCAUAAAGCAGUCAAUGAAGGAGCAUAUUGUUGACCCCAAAGACACCAUGGUCAUAGAAUGUGAAGCCAAAGGAAACCCUCAUCCCAUUUUCUCAUGGAGACGUAAUGGGAAGUAUUUCAAUGUGGCACGUGACGCUCAAGCAUCAAUGCGCAGGCGCUCAGGGACGCUGGACAUCUAUGCCUGGAACAAUCCAGAACAAUAUGAGGCAGAGUAUCAGUGCAUUGCAUCCAAUGAGUAUGGAUCUGCAUACUCCCACAAGAUCAGACUACGACUAUACAGAGCUCCUGUAUGGCCGAGGGAGGUUCUGGAGCCUGUGGUGGUCAGCGCUGGCUUGCCUCUGGUCCUGUCCUGUGACCCGCCACCAGGCCCGCCAAAACCUGAAAUCUACUGGAUGUCCAGCUGCUCGUAUGCGAGACCUUUCAACUGGCCCAUUCAGACAGCUUUCCCCACCAUGCAGCCUGUGCGGCAGGACCGCAGGCUAUCCAUGGGAGUAAACGGAGAUCUGUACUUCUCUAACGUCCUGUUCAACGAUUCUGCUGCUGAUUACUGUUGUAAUGCCCGCUUCCCCUACAAGAAUGUCAUCCAGCAGAAGAUGCCCGUGGUUGUUAAAGUGCUUACAACUCGUACAGUGUCCGAGGCUGCCCCCACCUGGCUGUCUCCCACAGGCUUGUCCAGCUCCAUUCUUGUCCUGCAAGGGGAAGAACUGCUCCUGGAGUGUAUCGCUGCAGGAGUGCCAACUCCUCACAUAAUGUGGACCAAGGAUGGUGACGACCUGGUGUUGACGCCACGCAUGAAAAUGAAGAACUUCAACAAGAUGAUUCAAAUCCCAAAGGCAUCUUUUGAUGAUGUGGGUGAAUACACUUGCACUGCUACCAACAAGAUUGGAUACAUUGAGCACACAAUAACCGUCAGGGUCAAAGCGGCUCCUUUUUGGCUGGAGAAACCCACUGAUCUGGUCUUGGCCCCGGAGGAAAAUGGACGCCUGGUGUGUCGUUCUGAUGGGGCUCCUCGUCCCACUAUCAGCUGGUUCAUCAAUGGGGAACCAAUUGAAACUGCAACACCGCAGCCUAACAGACAGGUGGCAGGAGACACACUGACUCUACGCAGUGUGACUGCUGAAAACACUGCUGUCUACCAGUGCAAUGCUUCAAAUCAAUAUGGGUACUUAAUGGCCAAUGCUUUUGUCAACGUGCUACAUGCAACGCCACGUAUUUUUGGGCCUAGAAAUGAACUCAUCAAGGUGAUAGAGGGCAGUCGUUGCCUCUUAGACUGUCGCUACUUUGGUUCCCCAGUGCCUGAAUUGCGAUGGUCCAAAUAUGGACAGGGAAAUCUGGAAGGAAAUCGUUUUAAGACCCACAGUAACGGGACCCUGGAGAUCAAACAAAUACGGAUAGAUGACCAGGGAACCUACCUGUGUAUUGUCAGCAACAUUGCAGGAAGAGAAGAAAGUCAAGUCAGAGUAGAGGUUAAAGAGCCCACUUUAAUUGUCACAAGACCACAGAGUAUGAAAGUCAUCCGUGGGAGUGAUGUGCGCUUUGAGUGUGGUGUAAAAGCAGAUGUCACUACUCCUGUCACAACCACCUGGAUGAAAGACAAAAAAUACGUCACUUUUGGCUGGAGAAUCUCUCUGGAUGAAUCAAAUCUGGUUAUCACUAAUGUAAACAGAGGCGAUGAGGGCAAUUAUACCUGUGUUAUCAAGAGUGAACUGGACCAGAAAUCUGCCUCAGCACGCCUAAUGGUGAUGGAUCGUCCAGAUCCUCCCACUAAGUUGGAGUUGUCAGAUCCAUAUGAACGCAGUGUAAGACUCAGUUGGGUCCCUGGAGACAGCAACCACAAUCCUAUAACAGAGUACAUAGUGCAGUAUGAUGAUGAUGACUGGUUGCCUGGGAAGUGGCGAAACCUCUCAAGCUACCCAGGGGACCUCAACUCUGUCAUUCUGCACCUUACACCCUUCACCUACUACGAGUUUCGGGUUAUCGCUGUCAAUGCAAUCGGAAUGAGUCGCCCUAGUCGCCCAUCUACGCGCUUCCAGAGCAGCGGUGCACCCCCAGAUGUCAUCCCAAAGAACGUAAAGGGUGUGGGUACAUGGAGGAAUAACAUGGAGAUCAGCUGGGAGCCUCUGACCUACAGAGAGUGGAAUGGGCCCCACCUGAAGUAUCUGGUGUGGUGGAGAAGGAGAGAAUCUAGAGAGGAGUGGAAGAAUGCAACCACUAAAUGGGCGAGAUACUACAUCUACGAUGCAGAUACCUUUACUCCAUAUGACAUCAAAGUCCAGGCUGUCAACGACUUUGGGCUGGGUCCAGAGUCUCCUGUUAUCAUUGGUUACUCUGGGGAAGACCGUCCCUUAACUGCGCCCCUGAACCUGAGAGUGUCCGAUAUCGAGAGCACCCAGGUGACUUUGCACUGGGACUCAGUUACACGUGGCUCUAUGAUGGGAGCACUGAAAGAAUACAAGGCCUACUACUGGAGGGACAGCAGCCAGCUCAGGUGGCUGAGGGUCAACAGAGGGAUGAAGUCAAAAUCCUUUCCAGACAAUGAUCCAGAACCCUCUGGGGUCCUCACUGGACUCAUCCCCUAUAGCAACUACAAGAUGUAUAUAGUGGUGGCAAACAAUCGAUAUGAAGGGCCGCCCAGUAAUAAUAUACACUUCUCAACGCCUGAAGGAGUACCAUCUGCUCCAAGAUCCUUCAGGAUCCAACAGCGACAUCUGGACAGUAUUUAUGUCGACUGGGACCUGCCAGCAGAACCCAACGGUAUCAUUACUGGAUAUUCCCUCAAGUACCAAACAGUGAAUGCCACCAGGGGUGAAGAGCUGCGGGUAGAAGAGUUCACUCCAAAUAUAACAAGUUUCUCACUCCGGCGAUACGACCGCUACACUCGAUACAGAUUCUACGUGGCGGCAAGAACUCGGAUCGGGAUAGGGGAAUGGCAUACGGAGGAGUCACCCCACUACACCACUGAAACGUAUGCUCAGGACCAGGUGGACAUCUCCACUCAGGGCUGGUUCAUCGGGAUUAUGUGUGCUGUGGCUCUCAUCGUGCUCAUCCUACUCAUAGUCUGCUUCAUCAAAAGGAGCCGAGGGGGAAAGUACCCAGUUCGGGAAAAAAAAGACAUUUCAUUGGAGCCAGUGGAUGACAAAGAUCAGGAGGGAACAUUUGACUACAGGUCUCUUGAAAGGAUAGCACGUGUCUCCACUCUGCCUUACCCCCGGCGAGAGGAGGAAAGAGGGCUUCAAAGAGGUCAGCCGUCUAUGGAGGCAAUGAUAAAGCGAUCAGACAGCGACGACAGUCUGGUGGACUAUGGUGAAGGAGGCGAGAUACCGUUCAACGAGGACGGCUCAUUCAUUGGCCAGUACACAGGAACCAGGAGAGAUGUCAGGGACUUGGACUUUGGUGGAAGUCUGGAGCUGCACUCUCCAAUGAAUACCAUCUACUCCCUGGCGUAAAAAUCAAAAGUCAAACUGACUUCUUAUUUAUUAUGUGACUCUGCCGUGCUUGUAUCCUCCAUCUUGAAAUAAAAACACAUGGUGCUUGUGGUUUGUCUGCAGGAGGGAACAGUGGGAGCCUGGGGUGCUGUUAACCCCUAUGUCCUUGCAGACAAAGCAACAUGCAUGCAUUUAAAGAAGAACAUGGUGGAAGAGUUGGGACAAUGCUAGAGCUGAGAAUCCUAAGCAAUGCUGCAUGAUUGUGUGCAUGCAUGUGCAUGAGUACAUGUUCAGUUAUCCUGCCAAUGCAGAGACACAGACUGUGGAGGAGACAGAAGUGGAUCAGUUUAUCAUGUUGAUAAAAGCAAGGACCAACUUAACUACUCUUAUUAUAUAUUUUUCUUUCAGCUAAUUUCAAUAAUGAGAGUUAUUAUUUUUGUGUGUUGGCUGUUUGAAAUAAUGGCAGCAUACCAUACUUUAUGAUCAAGGGAGGUACAAUAUACUCUCUGAACUUGCAUACUUUUUGUUUUAUACGCUAGUGUUCAUGGUGCAAUGUGAGAGUAUACAAGUCUUGUUGGAUAGGUGAAGGAUAAUAAAAUAUCUCCAGGGACUAAUGGUUCAUCUGCACGGUUCAGUUAGAGAAUUAUGCUCUGCUGGGAUGCAAGGUCACACCAUUUGGGGAAUCAUCAAGCAGUCAUCAACCAGCUCUAAAAUCAGAAGUCGCUCAUGUUUCUCUAUGAACUUGCCUUAACUGUCUCCCCAUGUCACUCACUAUAGAAAUGGAUAGAAAUCAUUAAUCUUAAUCUAACUGUUUUAGUUUAUUUGACCCCUAACAUCAUCUGUGUUUUAUCACAGUUAUGUCUAAAUGUAAAUAAAGUGGAAAUAUGUA